UCGCACCAUGGCCAACAUCAAGCGCACUACCGCCCAGCUCCAACUGGCACUCAUCUCCGUGGCGCUCGCCGGUGCCGCCGCCACCACGCACCUCCGGUUCUAAAUGCACGACACGGUGACGGCGUCACCUGGGAGCCCCGCGACGGUGGUGCCGGUGGCAAGGGGCACGACGCCGCUGCCGGGCGACCCCACCACCCGCUUCGGCGACAUGUACGUGGUCGACGACCCGCUGACGGAGGGCCCCGGCGUGGCGUCGCCGGCCGUGGGGCGCGCGCAGGGGUUCUACCUCUUCGCGGCCCAGCACGAGCUGGCGGUGAUGCACUGCCUCACCAUGGUGUUCACGGCGGGGGGGCACAACGGCAGCUACAUCGUCGUCCAGGCCAGGGACGCCGUCCUUGACAAGGUCCGGGAGCUGCCGCUGCCGGUCGUCGGCGGGGCCGGCAGGUUCCGCAGCGCCACCGGGUAUGGCUUGCUCAGGACGCACUCCUUCAACCCAAGCAACAAAAACGCCGUGCUCAGGAUCGACAUGUACCUGAGCGUGUAGCCGGACGUUAUUUAGGAGUUUCUUUCAGCAAUAAUAUACUGCCGUGCGAGUGUGCGAAAGUCAUGGUGCCGUGUAUUAAAUUCUAAAGGCUCUAUUUUUGUGAA